AUGGCGACGUGGUCGCCAGAUCCAGCGGGCCUCGCCCAGAUCCUGCAGACGCUCCGCGAUUCUACCAACAUCCACGACAAGCACAUUCAGAGCCAGAUUACUAUGCGACUCAACGAUUAUCAACGAGUGCCCAACUACAUCGCGUAUCUGGCACAUAUCCUCGCUGCGAUGACCGCAGAGGGUGAACAGAUCCGGUCUAUCGCUGGCUACAUCCUCAAAAACAACGCACGCCUCAUAACAUCCGCCUCGCCUGAUGCUGCAGUUUACGUCAAGGCCUCUACGAUUAGUGCAUUCACAGAUGCAUCUGUUAUGAUCAGAAAUGCCGCGCAGCAAGUUCUCAUCACGCUGUUGGGCGUCCUUGAGCCGAGAAACUGGCCCGAGGCGUUGAGCGUGCUUAUCCAGGCACUCGACUCGCCCGACCAGGUAACUCAGGAGGGUGCAUUUGUCGUGCUGUCUCGCGCUUGCGAAGACUAUCCGCGCAAGUUUGAUGUGGAAAUUCAAGGAAGCCGUCCUCUCGACUUUCUCGUGCCCAAAUGGAUUGAGCUUUGCCAACAUCCGUCGCCCAAGAUUCGUGGAUACGCCAUCUCCUGCUUGACACAAUUCGUGCCUAUCGAGACUGAAUCUCUCAAUGUGCACAUCGACAAUAUCAUCUCGUCCUUCUUCCGAACCGCGGCGGACACCGACCCGAUAGUUCGCAGAAACGUCUGCACCGGCUUGGUACUCCUGCUGGCAUCUCGCCCGGAUAAACUCAUCCCAGAGAUGCACAACGUGGCAGAGUACAUGUUGUACUCCACGCAGGAUCAAAAUACGCUCGUCUCGCUAGAGGCUUGCGAAUUCUGGUUAACAUUCGCCGAGGACCCAGAGCUGCAAAAUGCGCUCACUCCGUACAUCCCUCGAGUCGCACCCGUAUUGCUCGACUCGAUGGUCUAUAGUGAAGAGGAAAUCCUCAUGAACCCUGAUGCAGAGGAAGACGACAAUGCAAACGUGCCAGACAAGGGAGAGGACAUGAAACCCCGGCACUAUAGCGGGAGGACUCAUGGCUUGGAGCGAGAGGAGAAAUCAGAUGCAGCGAACGGACAGCCCGCUGGUAGUGGAGCGGAUGAUGAGGACGACGAUUAUGAUGAAGAUUAUGACGACGACGAGGAUAUGUCUACGGAAUGGAACCUUCGGAAGUGUGCCGCAGCUGCACUAGACGUGCUUGCCGUGCGGUUUGGGAACACGCUUCUGCAACCCUUGUUGCCGCACCUAAAGGAAAAGCUGUGGAGUCCCGAUUGGGUCCAACGUGAAUGCGGAAUUCUAGCCCUAGGAGCGCUGGCGGAGGGAUGUAUUGACUAUAUGGAGCCGCAUCUUCCAACUCUUAUCCCAUUCUUGGUCAAUAUGCUGGCAGAUUCAAAGCCUUUGAUUCGCUCCAUUACGUGCUGGACAUUGGGUCGAUACGCUGGAUGGUAUGCCCAACCGCAGACACAGGAACAGCGUGAUAGAUUUUUCAUUCCUAUCAUGGAAGGUCUACUUAGAAUGAUUCUUGAUAACAACAAGCGCGUUCAGGAGGCUGGUUGUAGCGCAUUUGCUACCUUUGAGGAAGAGGCCGCGCAUAACCUCAUCCCGUACCUCGAGCCUGUGCUCCAGAAUCUAGUGCUUGCAUUCGACAAGUAUCAGCAGAAAAAUCUCUUGAUUUUGUAUGACGCUGUUGGAACCCUGGCGGACGCCGUCGGUCCCGGCAUGCAAAAUCCAUCAUUGCUCCAGAUUCUUAUGCGACCUCUCGAGCACAAAUGGAGCAAGCUUGGCGAUGAUGACGAUGAUCUAGUGCCUCUCCUUGAGUGCCUUACUAGCGUCACCAUUGCGGCAGGCCCUUCCUUUGCGAAUUGGGCACCGAUUGUAUACGAACGAUGCUAUCGUAUCAUUCACACCAGCUUGAUUCAAUACACGACCUGGCAACAAAAUCAAGAUCUCGACGAGCCCGAUCGUAGCUUUGUGAUUGUGGCGUUGGACCUCCUGAGUGGUCUCGUCCAAGGAUUGGGCAUGCAACUUGCACCGAGCCUUAACAGCUCCAAUCCACACCUGCUGACAUUGGUAGUCGCAUGUUUAAAGCACCCUCAAGCGUCCGUAAGGCAAUCCGGAUACGCUCUUAUCGGCGAUUUGGCAAUGUCAUGCUUUGAGGUUCUCAGGCCUCAUUUGCCUGGGGUUAUGCCAGAGCUUAUCGCGCAGCUUGAACCCUCUCCAAAAGUCGAGUUCAUUAGUGCGAGUAACAACGCCGCUUGGUCUGCAGGUGAAAUUGCCUUGCACUACGGUACUGAUCCAGAAUUUCAGCAAUGGGUGCCGCAGCUCAUUCUGCGUCUCAUUCCCAUAUUGCUGAAUCCUGGUUGUCCAAAGAGCUUAUCUGAGAAUGCUGCGGUGACCAUUGGCCGCAUUGGACUCGUGCAGCCCGAGGCUGUUGCCCCGCAUCUCGAGUCGUUUGCAAUGGCAUGGUGCCAGGCACUCGUUGAUAUCAAAGACAACGAAGAAAAGGACUCAGCUUUCAGAGGAUUCUGCACUCUCAUCCAGGCAAACCCAAGCGGCAUCUCAAAGGACUUCCAUUGGUUUUGUCACGCUGUGGUUCGCUGGCAGAAUCCAUCCGCAGAGCUGAACGAGAUGUUUUCACAAAUCCUCCAAGCUUUCCGUCAGAUGGCAGGCGCACAAUGGGAGAACCAGAUGCUCAGUUUUGGACCUACGAUCGCCGAGCGACUUCGUGCUCGAUACAACGUAUGA